ACGUUACCGACACUUAGUGCCCUCACAACAUUCUAAACUUUCCUUUCAAACCCGUUUUUCUGUACUGUGAAUUUAGUGAUCGUUUCUCAUUCAUGACAAAAACCUUGGCCACCAAGAUUUUAAUUGCCUCAUUCAAUGCACUUUAUCUUUCUGCUAAGGAAAAAAAUAUUUGUGGGUUGUCUUAUCUGCUUCGUUGAUUUUUAUAGGUUUGAUUUUGAGUAUUCAGGGUUUACUCUCAGAACCAGCAAAGUGACUGUUAAAGGAGUUUUUCAUUUUCUCUGGUUGUUUGAUAUAUUUUUCUUCUUUGCUUUUUGUACUCUAUUUUUUUUUAUUUUUUUUAGAAGAUUGAAGAUCCGAGAUGGGUAUUUUGAGUGUUAUGGCGGGUAUUUGUGGUUUUGGAGUGGGAACUUCAAUUGGGCUUGUGAUCGGCUACUACUUUUUCAUAUACUUUCAGCCAACUGAUGUCAAGCCUCUGGUGGAGCAAGAUUCUAAAACUUUUCAAGGGUUACUUUCAGAGAUACCACUGUGGCUUAAAAUGCCUGAUUAUGAUCGCGUUGACUGGCUCAACAGAUUCAUUGAAAUCAUGUGGCCUUAUCUGGACAAGAUUCCUAAAUACAAAAUUGAUUCUGUUGAUUUUGAGGCGUUUACCUUGGGCUCCCUAGCUCCUACAUUUCAAGGAAUGAAAGUGUAUGUAACUGAUGAAAAGGAGUUGAUAAUGGAACCAGCAUUAAGAUGGGCUGGAAAUCCUAACAUUAUGGUUGCAGUUAAAGCGUUUGGUUUGAGAGCCACAGUUCAGGUUAUUGAUCUGCAAGUAUUUGUUCAUCCACGUAUUACCCUGAAGCCUUUGGUUCCAGAAUUUCCUUGUUUUGCAAAAAUACUUGUUUCCCUUAUGGAGAAGCCACAUGUUGACUUUGGAUUAAAAGUACUUGGUGCUGAUGCUAUGUCCAUUCCUGGCCUAUAUGGGUUUGUCCAGGAAAUGAUUAAAGAUCAAGUUGCAAACAUGUAUUUAUGGCCCAAAUCUCUAGAAGUACAAAUUAUGGAUCCAACAAAAGCUUCGAGGAGACCUGUUGGAAUUCUGAAUGUAAAAGUGGUGAGGGCCUUGAAACUUAAAAAGAAAGAUUUUAUGGGUGGAGCAGAUCCUUAUGUUAAACUUAAGUUAACUGAGGACAUGCUUCCUUCAAAGAAAACAACGGUGAAGCAUAAAAAUUUGAAUCCCGAAUGGAACGAGGAAUUUAACAUGGUUAUCAAAGACCCCCAAACUCAAGCAUUAGAGAUAAUGGUUUAUGACUGGGAACAGGUUGGCAAGCACGAUAAGAUGGGUUUGAAUACCGUUGCUUUGAAAGACCUCACACCCGAUGAGUCUAAGGUUCUCACACUAGAACUACUCAAAAACAUGAACGAAGAUGAUGCUCAGAAUGAGAAAUCUCGUGGGCAGAUUGUGUUGGAGUUGACAUACAAACCUUUCAAGGAAGAUGAAAUACCUGAUAAUGUUGAAGAUUCAAAUGCGGUACAAAAGGCUCCUGAAGGAACACCUGCAGGUGGUGGUUUACUUGUAAUUAUAAUUCACGAAGCUGAAGAUGUAGAAGGAAAGUACCACACCAAUCCAUAUGUCAGAUUGCUUUUCAGAGGCGAGGAGAAAAAAACAAAGCAUGUGAAGAAGAACCGGGAUCCAAGAUGGGAUGAAGAAUUUUCAUUUACGCUGGAUGAACCUCCUACCAAUGAUAAGCUUUAUGUGGAAGUUGUUAGUGUUUCUUCAAGAAUGGGCUUGCUGCAUCCCAAGGAAGUUCUGGGGUAUGUGGAUAUAAAACUAGCUGAUGUGGUUAGCAAUAGAAGAAUUAAUGAGAAGUACCAUCUCAUUGAUUCCAAGAAUGGAAGGAUACAAAUUGAACUGCAAUGGAGAACCUCUUAACUACUAUUAAUGACCGUCAGUUCUGAUCUGGAUUUGUAGGUCUAAAUCACAUCUCCCACGGUUAAGGUUGGCUGUAAUACAGUGUUUUUUUUUUUUGGCCCUGGUAAAUACUAUAUUGUAAGAAGUGGUGUUGUUUCACUCUUUGUUUUUAUAUUUUUAUUGUUUUAAUAUACAAUUUAAAAUGUGAAGAGAGUUUCAUGUUA